AUGUUGCGUUCUUCGUUGAGCAAAGUGGCUCGUGUAACGCCCUCAAGAUUCGCACAAACACACGCUGUCUCUAAGGCUGCUAUCGUUGAUCUACACAGCAGAUGGGAAGAUCUCCCAGCCUCCGAACAGCAGGACCUAGUCUCCAAGUUGACCGAACGCCAGAAACUCCCAUGGUCUCAGAUGACCGAAACUGAAAAACAAGCCUCCUGGUAUAUUUCUUACGGCGAGUGGGGACCAAGAAGACCCGUGCACGCUAAGGGUGACGGCUCCUACAUUGCCAAAGGUGUUGCGGUUGGCUUGAUCGGAUCCAUUGCGCUCUUUGCGUUCAUCAGACAAUAUGGUGGCGAAGAGUCAAAGACCAUGACCAAAGAAUGGCAAUUGAAAUCCGACGAGUAUCUAAAGUCGAAGAAUGCCAACCCAUGGGGUGGUUACUCUCAAGUCCAAUCCAAAUAA